AUGGCCCGGCCAAGUUCAAUAUCGUGUAUUUCUUGUUUAUUACUUAUUGCUGGACUUUCUUUGCUGGGAUCAUGCAGCGAUUUGAUCAACGACGAUAUACCAUUAACGAAAUUAAGCCAAAAUGUCGGCUCUCCAACUUUGAAAGUACUUUAUUGUUAUUCAUGUGGAUACAAGAAAAUGUUUGAUCAGUAUGUGCAGAUUAUUAACCAGAAAUACCCACACAUAAACAUAGAUGGAGGCAAUUAUGAUCCCCCAGGACUUAGUUUGGCUAUUGCCAAGUUUAUUGGAAUAGCAAAGAUGUUAAUAAUAGUUUGUAUUAUUGGAGGAGUAAAUGUGUUUGAAUACUUGAACCAGCCAAGGCCGUCAUGGUGGGCAUGGUGCUUGGAAAACAAGUUGUACGCCUGUAUGAUGUUGUUUUUCUUGUGCAAUCUUCUAGAAGGGCAGUUGAUACAGUCGGGGGCUUUUGAGAUGACACUCAACGAUGUCCCUGUCUGGUCAAAACUAGAAACUGGUAGAGUGCCACAGCCAAGUGAGCUGUUCCAAAUUAUAGAUAGUCAUAUGCAGUUUACGGCGGAGACUAAGUUAGAGUUUAAUAAUUUCGCGAAAUAA